AUGUGGCUCACCUCAGCGCUAGCACUCCUCACUGCCCUUUCCCCAACCCUCGCCACCUCAUUCAACCCCUCGACAUACACAUGGUACACCACCCCAGCGGCGGACUUCGCCUCCACCCUCCCCAUUGGCAAUGGCCGUCUGGCAGCUGCAAUCUGGGGUGGCGCCCUCGACAACAUCACCCUGAAUGAGAACUCCAUCUGGAGUGGCCCGUUCCAGGCUCGUGUGAACCCACAGGCGUACGACGGGUUCACCAAGUCGCGUGCUAUGCUUGAGGCAGGGAACCUGAGUGCCGCCAACGAUGUGGUGCUACAGGAGAUGGUGAGUAUUCCGAGCAGUCCGAGGGAGUAUAACCCGCUUGGAUUGUUGAGGUUAGAUUUUGGGCACGAUGCGAGUACUGUGCGGAAUUAUACGCGCUUUUUGGAUCUGAAUACGGGGGUUGCUGGUGUGAGGUAUCAGGUUGGGGAUGUAGUGUAUAGUCGGGAGUAUGUUGCUAGUCAUCCCGAUGGGGUGUUGGCUGUUAGGCUCCGGGCGAGCAAGGACGGUGCGUUGAAUGUGAUUACUUCGUUGGAGAGAAGUAGAUAUGCGGAGAGCUUGACUGCUGGGAGCAGUAAGGGCAUAGGUACUCUGACUCUGAAGGCGAAUAGUGGCCAGAGUACGGAUCCUAUUAGGUUUACUGCGCAGGCGAGGGUGUUGAAUCGUGGAGGUCGAAUCGCUACCAACGGAACCUCUGUCGUUGUCAGUGGUGCCUCGAUCGUGGAUAUCUUCUUUGACGCCCAGACAUCCUAUCGAUAUCCCGAUGAGAGCCAACGUGAGGCUGUUGUCACGAAGCAGCUAGAUGCUGCAGUGAAAUCGACCUACCCUGCAGUGAUGCAAGCUGCAACCUCAGACUACCGGUCUCUUUCUGGCCGCGUCAAGCUGGACCUAGGCUCGUCGGGAUCCGCAGGAAACCAGCCCACGGACAUCAGACUCAAGAACUACAAAGCCAACCCCAAUAAGGACCCCGAAUUGGUGACCUUGAUGUUCAACUUUGGCCGACACUCGCUCAUUGCAUCCUCCCGCGCAGGGUCAUCCUCUGGUCUUCCCGCCAACCUCCAGGGUAUCUGGAAUCAAGACUACUCGCCCGCCUGGGGCGGCAGAUACACCGUCGACGUCAACCUGGAGAUGAACUACUGGCAUGCGCAGGUCACCAAUCUGGCAGACACGUUUGAACCCGUCAUUGAUCUCAUGGAUAGAGUCCUGCCGCAUGGACAGGACAUCGCCAAGAAAAUGUACCACUGCGACACGGGGUAUAUCCUGCACCACAACACCGACCUCUGGGGAGAUGCUGCCCCCGUCGACAACGGAACCAGCUGGACCAUGUGGCCGAUGGGCAGUGCGUGGAUGUCGAUGAACCUGAUGGACCAGUACCGCUUCACCCAAGACAAGACCCUCUUGCGAGAGCGCAUCUGGCCGCUCCUCAAGAGCGCCGCUGAUUUUUACUACUGCUACCUCUUUGACUUUGAAGGCUACUACACCAGCGGUCCCUCGAUUUCCCCUGAGCACAACUUCAAAAUCCCAAAAGAUAUGACUAUCCCGGGUAAGACCACAGGAAUCGACCUCGCCCCAACCAUGGACAACCUUCUACUCCACGAGCUCUUCAUCGCCAUCAUCAAAACCUGCGAGGUCCUGGGUAUCAAAGGCGACGAUCUAACCAACGCCCAAAAAUACGUUUCGAAGAUCAGACCACCUCAUAUCGGCUCCGACGGCCAGAUCCUCGAGUGGCGACGCGACUACCAAGAGACCGAACCAGGACACAGACACAUGAGUCCCAUCCUAGGGCUCUACCCAGGCUCGCAGAUGACACCGCUUGUCAACCAGACCCUGGCAAACGCCGCCAAGGUCCUUCUCGACCGCCGCAUCACCUCCGGCAGCGGCAGCACGGGCUGGUCGCGCGCGUGGACGAUGUGUCUCUACGCGCGCCUCUUCGACGGCAACAGCGUCUGGAACCACGCGCAGUACUUCCUGCAGAACUACCCGAGUGACAACCUCUGGAACACGGACCACGGGCCUGGCAGUGCGUUCCAGAUUGAUGGCAAUUUUGGUUUCGCGGCGGGGAUCGCUGAGAUGCUGCUGCAGAGCCAUGCGGUGCUGCAUCUCCUCCCGGCGUUGCCGGCUGCUGUCCCGGACGGGCGUGUGAGUGGUCUGGUGGCGCGGGGAAAUUUCGUUGUUGAUAUGGAAUGGCGUGGUGGAAAGUUGCAGCUUGCCAAGGUUGCGUCGAGGAGUGGAGGAGUGCUGGCUUUGAGGGUGCAGGAGGGGAAGCCAUUUACUGUGAACGGGCAGACCUAUACGGAGCCAAUCCAGACUGUUGUGGGAAAGUUGUACACGAUCAGGUUGAAAUAA